AUUAAAAGUUUACGAUGCCACACGCCCGAGAGCAUUCCGUUGAGACGAUCCGACGAAACAGCGAGGUCAUGGGUAACCUCAGAAAGCUGAUGGUUGUCAACCGUGGUGAAAUCGCUAUUCGUGUCUUCCGUACAGCACACGAGUUGUCGAUGCGCACUGUCGCCAUCUUCUCUCACGAGGACCGUCUGUCUAUGCAUAGAUACAAGGCCGACGAGUCCUACCAGAUCGGCCAAUUGGGUGAGUUUACCCCGGUCGCUGCUUACCUUGCCCAGGAUGAGAUUGUCCGCAUUGCAAAGGAACGCGGUGUGUCCAUGAUCCAUCCCGGUUAUGGUUUCCUAUCCGAGAAUUCAGAGUUUGCUCGCAAGGUCGAAGCUGCUGGCAUGACUUUUAUCGGUCCUUCGCCUACAGUUAUCGAGAGUCUCGGUGAUAAGACCAAGGCCCGCCAGAUCGCAAUGGACUGCAAGGUCCCUGUAGUACCUGGUACCCCUGGCCCCGUUGAAAAAUUCGGCGAUGCCAAGGCCUUUAUCCAAGAAUAUGGCUUCCCCAUCAUUAUCAAGGCUGCCAUGGGUGGCGGUGGUCGUGGUAUGCGUGUCGUCCGUGAAGAGUCUGAACUCGAAGACGCCUUCAGCCGUGCCCGCUCAGAAGCCCUUUCUGCUUUUGGUGACGGCACCGUCUUCAUUGAGCGCUUUUUGGACAAGCCCCGUCACAUCGAAGUCCAGCUUUUGGCCGAUCGUGCUGGUAACGUCGUCCACUUGUUUGAGCGUGAUUGUUCAGUCCAGCGUAGACACCAAAAGGUUGUCGAAAUCGCCCCCGCAAAGAACCUCGACAACGCCUGUCGCGAGGCAAUCCUCAACGAUGCCAUCAAGAUCGCCAAGGCUGUCAAGUACAAGAACGCUGGUACUGCCGAGUUCUUGGUCGACUCCCAGAACCGUCAUUACUUCAUUGAAAUCAACCCCCGUAUUCAGGUCGAGCACACCAUCACCGAAGAAAUCACUGGUAUCGAUAUCGUCGCUGCCCAGAUCCAGAUUGCUGCCGGUGCCCUCUUGCCCCAGCUUGGUCUCACCCAGCAGCGUAUCCGCCAGCGUGGAUUCGCCAUCCAGUGCCGUGUCACAACCGAGGACCCUGAGAAAAACUUCCAGCCCGAUACCGGCAAGAUCGAGGUCUACCGUUCAUCUGGUGGUAACGGUGUCCGUCUCGAUGGUGGUGCUGGUUAUGCUGGUGCCAUUAUCACUCCUCACUACGAUUCUCUCUUGGUCAAGGUCACCUGCAGUGGCUCUACCUAUGAAGUUGCUCGUCGUAAGAUCGUCCGUGCUCUUGUUGAGUUCCGUAUCCGUGGUGUGAAGACCAAUAUUCCUUUCCUCCAGCGUCUCUUGACACACGACACUUUCAUGACCGGCAACUGCUGGACUACCUUUAUUGACGAUACUCCUGAUCUUUUCCGUCUGGUUCAGUACCAGAACCGUGCCCAGCGUUUGUUGGGUUACCUCGGUGAUGUCGUUAUCAACGGCUCUCAGGUUAAGGGUCAGGUGGGAGAGCCUUCGUUCAAGCAAGAGAUCGAGCUUCCCACUCUUAAGAGCAACAGUGGUAACAAGGUUGAUGUUUCAGUUGCCCCCACUGAGGGAUGGCGUAAGAUCAUUGUUGAGGAGGGACCUGCUGCCUUUGCUAAGGCUGUCCGUGCCUAUCCUGGUGUAUUGAUCAUGGACACCACAUGGAGAGAUGCUCACCAGAGUCUGUUGGCUACUCGUGUCAGAACCGUUGAUCUUCUCCGUGUUGCACCUGCUACAUCUCACGCUCUUAGCAACGCCUUUGCCCUCGAGUGCUGGGGUGGUGCUACCUUUGAUGUUGCCAUGCGUUUCUUGUUUGAAGAUCCAUGGGAUCGUCUUAUGCAGCUCCGUGCUGCCGUGCCCAACAUUCCCUUCCAGAUGUUGCUCCGUGGUGCCAACGCUGUCGGCUACACCUCUUACCCCGACAACGUUGUCUAUGAGUUCUGUGACAAGGCUGUUAAGGCUGGUAUGGAUGUGUUCCGUAUCUUCGAUUCUCUCAACUACGUUGACAACAUGAAACUCGGUAUCGAUGCUGUUAAGAAGGCUGGUGGUGUUGUUGAAGCUACUAUUUGCUACACCGGUGAUGUGUCUAACCCUAAGAAGACUAAGUACGACAUUGCCUACUACCUUGAUCUUACCCAGCAGCUUGUAAACGAGGGAAUCCACAUCCUUUCUAUCAAGGAUAUGGCUGGUCUUCUCAAGCCCGAGGCUGCCAAGCUCCUCGUCAGCAAGAUCCGUGAGCGUUUCCCCGACCUUCCUAUUCACGUCCACACUCACGAUACCGCCGGUACUGGUGUUGCCUCUAUGAUGGCUGCUGCCGCUGCUGGUGCUGAUAUUGUCGAUGUUGCCAUUGACUCUAUGUCUGGUAUGACCUCCCAGCCCGCCAUGGGUGCCAUCGUUGCCGGUCUCGAGCAGACUCACCUUGGUACUGGUAUCCGCAUGGAAGACAUCCAAGCCCUCAACUCUUACUGGGAGCAGUGCCGUCUCCUUUACUCUUGCUUCGAGGCCAACGUCAAGUCCGCCGAUUCUGGUGUCUAUGACCAUGAGAUGCCUGGUGGACAGUACACUAACCUUAUGUUCCAGGCCCAGCAGUUGGGUCUCGGUACCCAGUGGAAGCAGAUCAAGAAAGCUUACCAGGAGGCUAACAUGCUGUGUGGUGACCUUGUCAAGGUUACUCCUUCCAGUAAGGUAGUCGGUGACUUUGCCCAGUUCAUGGUUUCCAACAACCUCACCCCCGAGGAGGUCACUGAACGUGCUGCCAGCCUUUCCUUCCCCACCUCUGUUGUGGAGUUCUUCCAGGGUUAUCUCGGCCAGCCUUAUGGCGGUUUCCCUGAGCCCCUGCGCACCAAGAUCAUCCGUGACUUGCCCCGCCUCGACGGCCGUCCUGGUGCCACUAUGCCCGCUCUUGACCUUGUCAAGCUCAAAGCAGAACUUACUGAGAAGUAUGGUAAGAGCAUCCGUGACUACGAUGUCAUCUCUGCUGCAUUGUACCCCAAGGUCUUUGCCGAGUACCGUGACACUGUUGAACAAUACGGUGAUCUUUCGGUUGUUCCCACUCGUUACUUCUUGGCCAAGCCUGAAAUCGGUGAAGAGUUCCACGUUGAGAUUGAGGAGGGUAAGACUCUCAUCAUCAAGUUACUUGCCGUUGGUCCUAUCAACAACAAUGGCAAACGCGAUGUUUACUUUGAACUUAACGGUGAAGCUCGUGUUGUUGGUAUUCUUGACAAGAAUGCUGCUGUUGAGAGUAUUACUCGUGAGAAGGCUAACCUCGCCAACCCUGGAGAUGUUCCCGCUCCCAUGUCUGGUGUCGUCGUUGAAGUCAGAGCCAAGUCUGGUGCUGAGAUCAAGGCCGGCGACCCUAUCUGUGUUCUGAGUGCCAUGAAGAUGGAGACCGUUGUAUCCGCACCUGUCGCUGGUCGCAUUGAGUACGUUCCCAUCCAGGAAGGCGACUCUCUCUCUUCCGGCGACCUUGUUGCCAGAAUCGUCAAGGAGGCUUAAAUAUCAUCACCCAACCCCCUCUGGUCCUUUUCUUUACUAUCUACCUCAUUUACUACAAAAAAUAAUACAAAUGGCAAAGUCUAAAUUACAUAUCCAUGCCAGUCAAAUCAUGUUCGAUAACCCUCCAACUCUUACUUUGUCCGAUGUAUUCUGCUGUUGUUAUGAUCGACCUUUUGCAUUUCAUUUAUCAAUACAAUUUCAAUACAAUUAAGAAUAUAUAUAUAUACGCAUGAUUUUAUU